CUCGCCUGGUUCUCGCGACCCGCGGCGGCGGCGGAGCAGCCGGGAGAGGACGCGACAGACGAGGCGGAGGCCGAGAUCAUCCAGCUCCUGAAGCAAGCCAAGUUGAGCAUCAUGAAAGAUGAGCCAGAAGCGGCUGAGCUGAUUUUGCAUGAUGCUCUGCGCCUCGCGUAUGAGAGUGACAACAGGAAGGCCAUCACGUACACUUACGACUUGAUGGCCAACUUAGCAUUUAUACGAGGGCAGCUUGAAAAUGCCGAACAGCUUUUUAAAGCAACAAUGAGUUCCCUGCUUGGAGGGGGCAUGAAGCAGGAAGACAAUGCGAUAAUUGAAAUCUCUCUGAAACUGGCCAAUAUCUAUGCUGCUCAAAAUAAACAGGAGUUUGCCCUUGCUGGCUAUGAAUUCUGCAUUUCAACUCUAGAGGGAAAAAUUGAAAGAGAAAAGGAAUUAGCAGAAGAUAUUAUGUCAGAAGAAACAGCCAAUACUUACCUCCUCCUUGGCAUGUGCUUAGACUCUUGUGCACGCUACCUGCUAUUCUCCAGGCAGCUAUCACAGGCCCAAAGGAUGUAUGAAAAAGCCCUGCAGAUUUGUCAAGAAAUACAAGGAGAAAGACACCCACAGACCAUUGUGCUGAUGAGUGACUUGGCUACUACACUGGAUGCACAGGGCCACUUUGAUGAUGCCUACAUUUACAUGCAGAGGGCAUCCGAUCUGGCAAGAGAGAUAAGCCACCCUGAGCUGCACAUGGUCCUCAGCAAUCUGGCUGCCAUCUUGAUACACAGAGAACGAUACACACAAGCAAAGGAGAUCUACCAGGAAGCGCUGAAGCAAGCAGAGCUGAAAAGAGAUGAGGUUUCUGUUCAGCACAUCAGGGAAGAAUUGGCUGAGCUGUCAAGAAAAAGUAGACUUUUGACUUAAUUUUGUUAAGCUAUACAAGUUCAUUUUGUUGUAGAGAGGGUAACCUCUGAUAACCCAAAGGAGUAACUGUUCCUUCGUUGUCUGGACCUCAAUCAGUGGUGUAAAUCAUUGUUGAAAUUCAACGUUCUUCAACUCGGCUUCGGUGAAGGACAAGUCGUAUACACUGCCGCUUUUGUUUCUAAAUUCAUUUUACUUUGAGAUGGGUAUCUCUAUGUGUAGGCUGGCCUGGAAAUUGUUAUAUGCUUGAAGUUGGCCUCCAACUUGGAGUACUCCUCCCUUAGCUUCGAAAGUGCCUGGCCUUGCUUUUGUUUUUAAAAGAUUAACGGCUUUUACCCUGUACUGACUGUAUGUAAGGUGCAGUCCAUGCACGUCUGAGAAAACGAUAGACUACAGUUGGCCAAGUUCCCCACUAUAUGGUCAUUACACCUUCCAUACGAUUUUGAUUCAUGCUUACUCUUCUCUAUCCAUCUCUGGCAAGCAAGUUACUUGCAUCAUGACACAGGAGGAUUUUGGUGAGUUCUCUUACCAUUUUAUUGAAGCAUUGUGAGAUUUAGUAACUAUGAGGGGAAAUGAUAAUUCUAGUUGGCCACCAUUAGGCAGCAUUCAUUUCUAAAGUGGAAAUGAGAUACUUGGACUACAUACCUGUUCAUAUGUAACUACUAAAAACGGUGGUGGCAGAAGGAAUGAAGCCCUCGUCAGUGCUGUCUGAGCACUGAGCUUCCUUUAUAACCACAAGCACGCAGUGGAGUCAAGUCAUGCUGCCAGCACCGAUGUGCUCCGUGGCAUGUGAAGCCACCGACCUGGAACCUAUUUAGCUCUGUUUAUUUUGCUAUCUCUGUUUUCACAGCUGUCAAGUGUGAAACCAAUUAGCGUGUUUGUCUGAUAAUUCCAUCACUGCCUCAGAGUAUAGAAAUAUAAGAUACAUGGAUGGAUGCUUUUACCUUUGCAGUCUGACAAAUGGCCUUUUGCCUAAGAGAAAGAGUUUUUCUGGGUACCACGAAGGAACCCUGGUGGUAUUGGCAUGCCCGUGGAGGUGGGCAGUGUGAGUAGGAUUGCCAGUGGACUUUGGUUCAUGUGUUUGUACUGGGAGAAUCUUCAUAAUAAACUAGAGACUACACAA